AUGAGUGAUGAUGCGUUAUUCGCUUGGUAUUGCGAAACGUAUUCAGAAAAAGACACGCGAAGAGCAAUUCCUUAUGCCUGCACUGUAAUUAAUUUAGAAAAACUAAGAAAAAAGUUAGAAACGAUAAAAGAUAUAUUUCUAAAUCCUACUGAUAAUGUUCCAGAAUUUUAUGAUAAACUAAUGAAUGUAGUAGAAAUAUUUGUAGGUACAGAUUGUAUAGAUCAAAUGUUGAAAUAUUUAGGUCAAUAUGAUAGAAAGAGAUUAAUAUUAAUUUCUCAUAACGGUAGUGGUUUUGAUAACUGGAUCAUGCUUAAAAAUACAAAAAAACUAACACAUUGCCCUUUAAAAACACCCAGGGGAAUUCUAUCUUUUCCUUUAUCUAAUCCAUACACAGAUGAAGAUUUACAGAAAAAAUGGAAAAGACAGAAAGAAAUAAAGGGUAAUUAUUUACAACAUAUUAAUUUCACAUGUUCCUAUCAACAUGAAAAAUCUAGUUUGGCGGCAUGGGGAAAUUCUUCCAAUCUUCCCGCGAAUUUGAGAAAGAUUGCCGACGUAGAUAUCGCUAAAUUCACGCAAGACAACUGGGAGGAAUUGAGACACGAAUGGGAACCAUAUGCAAAAAGGGAUACCCUAUGUCUUGGAGCUUGUUUGAUAAAAUAUAACCAAGUCAUGAAAGAAGUUGUAAACCAGAAUAUGUCCAAUAAUCUAACGGCUCCAUCUUUAUCUUUAAAGGGUUGGUAUUAUUUAUAUCAUUACGAUAAAGAAAUGGUUGAAGAAGAAUCGUAUGAAACUACUAGAAUGGUUGCGAAACAUACUGAUAAAGAAAAUAUAGAAAAGUUUAUUCGCACACUAAUCCUUUUAUAA